AUGGUAGACUGCUACUCAAUGGGAGUGUUGUGCUACGAGACGAUACGAGGCCAGGCUCCAUUCUGUGGUAACGAUCCGUUUGAAAUAUACCGAAAAAUUUUGAGUGAGGAUCCGACUUAGAUGGUAUACUAUGCAUUUGUGUGCCGAUGCCGAAAAUUCACGGAGAUGGAUGUCGAUGAUGAUUGUCAUGAUUGUGCCUAAAAAGAUGUAGACUGCGUUGAUCGUGUACUCCUGACUCUGACCUUGAUGCUGUAUCGAAGAGUGUAUCCACAACUCGCACCUCAGUGACUGACGAAAACUCCGGUUAGUUACUGAUCUUCUCAGAGAUGACGAAGGCGGUCCGACCAUGAUUCUUGGAAGCUUUUGUUGCAUCUUCCCAAGAGGAAGAGGAUGGCGGGAAGUGGUGUGCAGCUCUUCAAUUUUC